UAAAAAAAAACGGUCACUUGAAUUUUCUUAAGACAAAAUUUAAAAAGAAUGACAUUUAAGCGUAGAAAUAACGGACGUAAUAAACACGGACGAGGUCAUACAGAUCCAAUAAGAUGUUCUAAUUGUGCACGAUGUGUACCAAAAGAUAAAGCAAUUAAGAGAUUUACAGUGCGAAAUAUGGUUGAAUCUGCAGCAAUUCGAGAUAUAUCGGAUGCUAGUGUAUACCAAGAAUAUGCAUUGCCAAAAUUAUAUAUUAAACUUCAUUAUUGUGUUUCUUGUGCAAUUCAUAGUCAUAUCGUUCGUGUAAGAUCACGUGAAGGACGUCGUAUUCGAGUCAUACCACUUCGUGCACAUUAUAAUAAAGACGGAAGAAAAAUUAAUCCUACAAGUGCAGCAAAAGCACUUAUUUCUCAAUUAUAAUAUAUAUAAAAUAUAUAUAAAAUAGGUAUAAAAUAGGUA